UUUGAACUUCAAUCCUCUCUCUCUCUCUGUCAAAUUCAAUCAAACCCAAAUACACCAUAUCCCAAUUUUCCACAAUUCCCCUGUUCUCACCUCCACAUUGCUUCUCAUAUGCCUUUCUCUUCAUUGGCAGUUUCAUAUAAUCCUCAAAAAUCCCCUCUGCGCCUCUGAUUUUUUGAUACUCUGCAGUUGAAUUCGAAGAAUCGAGGAAGUUGGGUGAGGUUUCGAUUCGGGGGGUUCUUCGGUUUCCUUAAAUUUUCAGUGGUUUGUCGGUUGAGGAACCUUUAAGUAUUGGCCGCCAUGGAAGGAGCAGUGGGAGCUGAGUUUCAGGAUUGGGAGGUGCUGCUUCAUGAUUUGAACCCCGAAACUACCCUAACUGCGGCCGGAGAGAAAUCGACCCAUUUUGGUGGAAUUGAAGGUGAGUUCGAUUCCGAUAGCAUAAUUAAAUCCGACUAUUUCUCUCUUGAUAAUCAGGGACGGCGAGGGAGAACUGUACCUGAGCCUGAUCUUAAUGAGGAAGAAGGUUCGGUUGAAUCGGACAAUCCUAGUUGGAUUGAUCCGAGUUCGGAGAAUCGGUAUGGUCGGGUAAAUUCGAGCGAAUUAUGGUCUGAUUCUGGCAGUGAUAGGUCGGAUGAGCGUAAAUUUAACGAACUUGAUUCGAAAACUGAGUCCGGAAUCGCAGAAUUUCUUCAAGGUGAUGCGGAAUUGAGUGGUAGGAUUCUGAAAUUAGAGAGUUUAAAGUCCCAUGAGAGCAAAAUCACUGACUCUGAUCCAAAUAUUGAAUUAGCUUUAGACGAAUUUGAUGAAAUUCAAUCCCAAAGCAAGGUUUUGAACAAUUUCUUGUCUGAUUCUGGUGAGGAUAUUGUUCGAAGUGGCUCAAAAGUAGUGAAGUUGGAAGAAGGGAAAGAGCAUUUGGAUGAAAACAAGAAUCUCCAAAUUGAAGAAACCAAAGUCAGUGCAGAAUCUGGUAGUGAAGAUGGAGAUAAGAGGAAAGUAGUUUGGUGGAAGGUUCCAUUCGAGGUGUUGAAGUAUUGCCUGUUUAAGGCAAGCCCUAUCUGGUCAUUCUCUGUAGCAGCUGCUUUGAUGGGUUUCAUUAUUCUUGGAAGGAAGCUCUACAAAAUCAAGAGGAAGAGCCAGAGCUUGCACCUGAAGGUUAUCUUGGAUGAGAAGAAGGGAUCUCAAUUCAUGAGUCGAGCUGCUCGUCUUAACGAAGCCUUUUCAGUUGUGAGGCGUGUUCCAAUUGUUCGACCCGCUCUCCCUUCUGCCGGGAUAAACCCAUGGCCUGCAAUGAGCAUGAGUUGAGGAUUCUUUCCACAAGGGAUGCAGAUCAAGUCAAAGCAAUAGUUUCUCUCUUUAUAUAUGUAAAAGAUGUAAUAUUCUACAGGUUCCAAUCUAUGUUCUGUACUAAUACAAGAUACUUCAGCAUCAGCAGUUUGUCAAGUAAAUUUAGAUGAUGGCUUGUCUCUGAUAAAAACUUUCCCCGUUUCAUCGGUUUUGUCAUGCAUUUUCAUACAAAAUUUACCUUUUAGAACUCUGUAUCAUCAUGUAUAACUUUUAUAUUUGGGACGGGCGGAUUUGGUAUGGAUUCAGCGGAUUUGAGCACA